AUGACCAACUCAGUAUCCAUUCUCACUUUACCUGUCGAGCUCGUUCAGACACUUGCACGAUGCCUGACCCCUCUCGAGCAACGCAACCUGCGAUUAACCUGUCGCUUCCUCUGUGUUGCACUCCACCCGAUAUUCUUCGCCAUCCUUUCCAUCAACCUCCGACGGGAGCCCCUCGAGCAAUCUCUUUCCCAAUUAGAGGACCUUGCCAACAGGAAGACCCCUUACUCCGAAUUCACUCGAACCCUCAAGAUUGAACACAUCUUACCGGACUUCAUAACAACUGCUCCGCCUCCACUGCCUGAACCAGUGGAACGAGCGAAGCUGGUACUAGAGAAAGCGCUGUCUUCGGCUCUUACAGGACUUCGGGAUAUUUAUAGCGUCUACUGGACUACAACCAGUGGCGACCCAUCCUGGACAUUUACCGCCAUUAUCGAUGCCCUGCUCGGAUUCCGGUCAACGCUUUCAAACCUCCACCUCACUCUCAACCACCUGAUUACCGACCUCGAAUGGAUGCGCUCGACCGAGGACCGUACCAGUGCGCUCAAACCUCUCGCGCUGUUGUUGCAAAACCUGGAUAAUCUUACAUCCUUGGGUUUAGCUCUGACGCCCGAGAUCGACACUACUCCGAUAUUCGCCGUACUUCGCACUCCCCUCCGCGAGAUCUCGGUCACUUCCGUGUCGAGCGCUCUUCUCGAUUACCUUGCACAGCAUCCGGGUGUCCUCCAGCGUCUGGAGAUUUCCGGACUCACAAAUGACACUCAGGAUUUAGCUGCUGUCUUUUUCCAGCAGGUGUUGCCCCUCCAUGCGCCGUCUCUCACCUAUUUCCGUUGCACGCCUCCGGAUGAGGGAGCUUGGAGUUUUUCUCCGAUCACCGCCAAUGCCAUCUCCCAGCUCACCCAGCUCAAAACUCUACAUGUCUCCGUAAACUCGACCACGUUCGACAAAGACCUGCCUCUUCUUCUCCAGACCAUAUCGCUCUUUCCUGUGCUCAGAAAGAUGCUUAUCGAAGUGGCUUUAGUCGACAUUUUUGGCGGGGAGAGUGGUUGCGGCCAUGGCUGGAUUGGAUACAUGAUCGGCAUCGCACAAAAAAUGCGACAACUCAUUCUGGCUUUCCGGACCGACGACUAUUCCUCUGUUGAGCUACGCAAUCCGUGGUAUUGCGAGUGGUAUCGGCUCGUCAGAGACAUUGAGCCUAAAGAAGCCAGUACAGGAUGGCAGUUCCAAGAAUUCGAGCACCCCGACCCAGAGUGUCGGCGACUGAAGGAACAACACGCGGAUGACAGCGACAACUGGUAG